GCGGGCUGCUUACAUUGUGUGGUACCUGCCGCCUCCUGGGCAUAGUGAGGGAGCAGCGGGCAGAGGGGCACACACAGGAGCCAGAUGUUACAGGCAGAUAUUAAAGUCACUGGGAAGCCGGACCAACCUCUCCUGCAUAUGUUGUUAUCAUGUCCGUCAGCGUCCAUGAGAACCGCAAGUCACGGACUAGUACAGGGUCUAUGAAUAUUUCAUUAUAUCACAAACUUGGUCAUCCUGACUGUGUCCUGACCCAUCUCAAUACCAUGCGAAAGCAGCAACUUUUCACAGAUGUCAUACUAUGGGCAGGAGACCGCUCAUUCCCAUGCCACCGUGUGGUGUUGGCAGCCUGCAGCCAGUACUUUGAGGCCAUGUUCAGCCAUGGGUUGAGAGAAAGUCUUGAUAACACUGUGAAUUUCCGUGACAGUCUUCAUCCUGAAGUUCUAGAACUCUUGCUUGACUUUGCUUAUUCGUCAAAAAUAAUAAUCAAUGAAGAAAACGCAGAGUCUCUGCUAGAAGCUGGCGACAUGCUACAGUUUCAUGACGUACGGGACGCUGCUGCAGAGUUUUUGGAGAAAAACCUCUAUCCCAGUAACUGCUUGGGAAUGUUGAUGUUAUCAGAUGCUCACCAAUGUAGAAGAUUGCACGAAUUGUCUUUAAGAAUGUGCUUGGUCAAUUUUGAAAUGGUGCACAAGACAGAGGACUUUAAUAAUCUUUCCAAAGACAUCUUGCUCGACUUGGUUUCCAGUGAUGAACUGGAGAUCGAAGAUGAGCAAGUGGUUUUCAAUGCUGUUCUACAGUGGGUUAAGUAUGACUUGGACAAAAGAAAAGAUUAUUUUCCAGAGCUGUUAAAGAACAUCAGGUUGGCGUUGCUUACCUCUGAAUCAUUGAAGGAAGCCAUUGCUUGUGAAGACUUGCUAAUGGGCGAUGAGAGGAGCAAAGUAAUAGUAGAGGAGGCUCUUCAAUGCAAGAGAAAGAUACUGCAGAACUAUGGAGUGGUGACAAGUCCAUGCGCCAAACCUCGAAAAGCAGGACAUACCUUACUUAUCCUAGGAGGCCAAACAUUCAUGUGUGACAAAAUUUACCAGGUAGAUCACAAGGCUAAAGAGAUCAUUCCCAAAGCUGACUUGCCAAGCCCAAGGAAAGAGUUUAGUGCUUGUGCCAUCGGAUGUAAGGUCUAUGUGACCGGUGGUCGUGGCUCUGAGAAUGGAGUGUCUAAGGAUGUGUGGGUGUAUGAAACAGUCCAUGAGGAGUGGUCAAAAGCUGCACCAAUGCUUAUCGCAAGAUUUGGACAUGGUUCAGCCGAGUUACAAAACUGCCUUUAUGUAGUUGGCGGACAUACUGCAGUUGCUGGAAUUUUCCCAGCAUCGCCUUCCGUUUCCUUAAAGCAAGUGGAGAUGUAUGACCCUCUUUCAAAUAAAUGGACAAUGGUGGCACCACUGCGGGAUGGCGUGAGCAAUGCUGCUGUAGUCAGUGCCAAGCUGAAGCUCUUUGUUUUUGGAGGUACAAGUAUACACAGAGAUCGGGUCUCUAAGGUGCAAUGCUAUGACCCUUUUGAAAACAGGUGGAGUAUUAAAGCUGAAUGCCCCCAGCCUUGGCGCUAUACUGCUGCUGCAGUGCUGGGCAGCCAGAUUUUUAUCAUGGGAGGUGACACAGAAUUUACAGCCGCCUCUGCCUAUCGCUUUGACAGUGAAACAAAUCAGUGGACAAGAAUUGGAGAUAUGACAGCCAAACGAAUGUCUUGUCAUGCUCUAGCAUCAGGCAAUAAACUCUAUGUGGUUGGGGGCUAUUUUGGGACCCAACGUUGUAAAACACUAGACUGUUAUGAUCCCAUCUCCGACUCGUGGAAUAGCAUCACAACGGUGCCUUACUCCCUUAUACCUACUGCUUUUGUGAGUACUUGGAAGCACUUGCCCGCAUGAGAAGAUGGACUAUGAAUGGUUACUGCUUGGGCCACACAGAUGUGUCCAGUUCUCUGAAAGCUUCACUCACCAUGUUUGAGUUUCAACCUUGAGAUGCCUUUGUUAAGUACGGUAUUUAGGGAUUACCUGCUCGAGUUCCUGAUGUUUUUUUUUACUGACACAUGGCCAGCAAAUUCUGAGCUCACAUAAUGGUACAGCAUGGCAUCUUAACUGUCGGUGAACAGUUAUGUCACUUUUGAGAUGAGCGUCAAGCCUAUUAGUGAUGCUGCUCUGGAAGUGUUACACUGCAAGAUGUUGGGACUAGGACAAGUCAAGUUAGAAUACAUAUGUAUGGAGGAUAUUUAAGACCUUUUCCAUUGUUUUUUCACAAAUCUAACUCUGAGCCCCGGGGCUCUACAAGAUAAAGAGGCAAAAAAGUUGCAUGUGAGUAGAAACCAUGCUUGCUUUCUACCAGAUCUAGCAGCACUCUCCUUCAUAGGCUUUCAGUUUUGCAGCCCUGCCCUAUUGUCUACAGCAGGUCUGAGCUGCUGCAUUACCAGAUACGGCCUAUAGACAACAGUGGUGUCCUUUUUAGCAUCUAUACUCACCUUUUCGAAGAAGGUGUUGCCCUCUUAAAUUAGUAGUCUUCCUUCUCAUUUUGCAGCUGAACAGAAAAUAAACUUGGUUCAUUGGUCCCCAAAUUAAUGUGCCUUCAUGGGAUCCAGACGGCUAACUUAUACCUAUUCAGAAUCUUCCCAGGGGUUAGUUAUGUCAGAAUGGAGUACUAUAUGUGAAUAUGGAACUGGUCUGAUGUCCACCUGUAAUGGGAAUGAGUGCAUUCAUGUAUACCUGCUGUACGAUUACAGCAGCUGUCCAUUUGUCAUCUUAAAUAAUCUCACUACAUUUGGCUACAUGUUACAUCUAUGAUCAGUGAUGGUAGGUUUGGGUCUGGGGAAGUGUGAAAUCCACCUACCGAUUCUAUAGAGCAGGAAUCGGCAACCUCCGGCACUCCAGCUGUUCUGAAACUACAAUUCCCAGAAUCCUCCUUUCACAUCUAUGGAUGUUAAAAAAAAAAAAAAACAGUAGCUAAGCAAGUGUGCAUGCUGGUAGUUGUAGUUUCACAGCAGCUAGAGACCUGAAGGUUGCGGACCAUUGCUAUAGAGGAUUGGGCUGAUGCUCUGUUCCUCCCUCAUCCUGUACACUGCAGCAGAGAAAUGCUUACAGACUGCGAGCGACUCGACUAUAUAUUAGAAAUAUUAUCUGGUAGCAUCCACCCAUAUACUAAGCCAAGUGCGCGGCCUCAAUAAAGGGCCUUCCGCCUUAACAUGGGAAUAAUCUCUUCCAGGGCUCGACAAUCAAGGAGGCCGGUGUCUUUUACAUUUUCUAUAUGUUUUUAAUACCCUGUUUAUAAAUUCCAUGUCCUCUUCCAUUACAAGAACACGUAAAGGCUAUCCCUCAGCCAAAUGGGGUAAAAUAUGACUUUUGCUGCAUUAUCUUUACACAAGCACACGUGACCAAAUGUCUUCUUAUAAUAUUACUGUGAAGAGUUGGGAGACUACCCGGAUUGUGAUCUCCAACUACCUGCUCAAGAACCAGAUCUGCCUAACCUGAAUAGCAUUCCAGAUAAUAACUCUGAUACCUGUGAAUAGGUUGGAUUAUCACAAAUGUUAAACCUCAGUGUUUUAUUUCCUCAAUUCUAGAGACGUCUUAUAUUUUAUAGAUCUUUUUAUUAUUUUUUCAAAAACUAUUGGCUUUAAAAGGGUCCUCUGAGCAACAAUAAGUAUAGUCAUUCAUUUCUAUGGACCUUUUGGUUUGUAAUAUACUUUAUGUCCCCGUGUGGGCGGUACAUCUAGAUCUGAACGUCGGCCGCAUGACCCUAUAAAUAAGAUAUUCCUUUUGCUUAUACAAACCAGUAAGGUGGUGACACUCUGAGACUCGCUGCUUUUCUGUUUUACGUUUUGGGGAGUUUCAGUGUGUGUCGCCAUUUUACUGGUUUGUAAGAGCGAUCAGGUGGUGCCCAAAUGCUUCCUACAGUUGUGGCGCAGUGGCUUUUUUUUUUUUUUUUACACAGGAUCCAAAAGCCAUGGGGGAAAAUCACCUAUGAAAAUCAGCAUGAUGGUGAUGCACUGUGAAACUCCAUGAACCAGAAGAGGAGAGCAGUGGAUGUAACGGCGGCAGCAGGACUGGCUUGUGUAGUGGACAUGGCGACAUGGUUGGAGUUCAGAUUAUCAAUCAGACCACACAGGUAAAU